AUGAAUGUAAUGCAAUUGGCCAAAAAGUUUCCUCAAAUUCCUCAACACGACAUACUUCAAAUUACUGCUCAAUUCAAUCAAUUAGACAUUGAUGGUAAUGGAGCGCUUGAACAAAAAGAAGUUCUGAAAGCCCUGCAAGAUAUGGGCGAAAGUAGUUCAUAUGAUGAGAUAAGAGCAACUUUAAAAGAAAUAGACUUAAGUUCUACGGGUAAAGUUGAACUUGAGGAAUUUGUCGAAACAAUUGCAAAACUAAGGUCAGGACGUAAUAAAAGUGCAUUUGCAGUUAACAAACAUAAAAUCACUGUUCAUGGAUCAAGUCAAAAUGUUUCACAUACAAUAAAUGAAGAUGAAAGAACUGAAUUCACAAGACAUAUCAAUCAAACAUUAACCGGUGAUCCAGAUAUUGUUGAUAAAUUGCCAAUUGACAUCUCAACUAUGCAAUUAUUUGAUGAAUGUAGAGAUGGUUUACUUCUUGCAAAACUUAUAAAUACUUCGGUACCUGAUACAAUUGAUGAACGUGUACUUAAUGUUCCUAAAAAAGGAAAGAAAAUCAACAAGUUUCAAAUGACCGAAAAUAAUAAUUUAGUAAUUUUUUCAGCAAAAGGAAUUGGUUGUAAUGUUGUAAACAUUGGUUCGGCUGAUUUAAUUGAGGGCAGAGAACAUUUAAUUUUAGGUCUCAUUUGGCAAAUCAUUAAGAUUGGCUUGUUGAAUAAAAUUGAUAUAAAGCUUCAUCCUGAAUUAUAUCGUCUUUUGGAAGAUGACGAAACUUUAGAACAAUUUUUAAAAUUACCUCCUGACCAAAUUUUAUUGAGAUGGUUCAAUUAUCAUUUAAAAGCUGCUAAAUGGCAACGUCGAGUUCAAAAUUUUAGUAAAGAUGUAUCUGAUGGUGAAAAUUAUACUGUUCUUCUAAAUCAAUUAGCUCCUGAUCUUUGUUCACGAGAUCCUUUAAAGGAACGAGAUCUUUUAGAACGUGCAGAAAAGGUUUUACAAAAUUCUGAGAAAUUGGGAUGCAGAAAGUACCUUACACCAAAAGCUCUUGUUGCCGGAAAUCCUAAAUUAAAUUUAGCCUUUGUGGCAAAUUUGUUUAAUACUCAUCCAGGUCUUGCACCACUUGAUGAAGAAGAAAAAGCUGAUCUUGAAGAAUUUGAUGAUAGCGAUGAUAGAGAAGCUAGGGAUGUUACACCUGCUGUUAAUAAUUUAUAUGAAGAUCUCAAGGAUGGAUUAGUUAUUCUUCAAGCCUUUGAAAAGCUUAAGCCAGGAAUAGUUAAUUGGAAGAAAGUAAACAAAGCCAAUAACAAUAAUCUUUCAAGAUUUAAACAAGUGGAAAAUACCAAUUACGCCAUAUUGAUUGGUCAAUCAUUGAAAUUCACACUUGUUAAUAUUCAAGGCGCUGAUAUUGUUGAUGGAACAAAAACUUUAAUUCUUGGUCUUGUUUGGCAAAUGAUGCGAUUAAAUAUAAUCCAAACUUUGAUAAGUUUGUCAAAAGGUGGUCGUGAAAUAACUGAUGCAGAUUUAGUUCAAUGGGCAAAUGAAACAGUAAGACGUGGUGGAAAAACAACAAAAAUGAAUAGUUUCAAAGAUUCAUCAUUGAGAAGUGGUAUCUUUUUGAUUGAUUUACUAAAUGGUAUAAGACCAGGAAUAGUAGAUUAUAGUUUGGUUACAAGAGGCAUAUCUGAGGAUGAUGCGACAUUAAAUGCAAGAUAUUCAAUUUCUAUUGCAAGAAAAAUUGGAGCUACUAUUUUCCUAUUACCUGAAGACAUUGUUGAAGUUAGACCUCGUUUGAUUCUCACAUUCAUUGGUAGUCUAAUGGCUUUAGAUAAUCCUAGCAGCAUUAAAUAA